CGAUGAGAGAGGGCGUGCGUCUCUGUGGUUAUAAAGUUGGGGGUGGAGUGGCCGGGAGAUGAUGGCUGAUGAAGAGGAAGAAGUCAAGCCGAUCUUGCAGAAACUGCAGGAACUAGUGGAUCAGCUCUAUUCAUUUCGAGACUGCUAUUUUGAGACACAUAGUGUUGAGGAUGCUGGGAGGAAGCAACGGGAUGUGCGGAAGGAGAUGGAGAAGACCCUACAGCAGAUGGAAGAAGUAGUGGGUUCUGUCCAGGGCAAGGCGCAAGUUCUGAUGCUAACUGGGAAAGCACUAAAUGUGACUCCUGACUAUAGCCCUAAGGCUGAGGAGCUUCUGUCAAAGGCUGUGAAGCUGGAGCCCAAGCUGGUGGAAGCCUGGAACCAGCUGGGUGAGGUGUACUGGAAAAAAGGGGAUGUUGCAGCUGCCCACACCUGCUUCUCAGGAGCCCUUACCCAUUGCAGGAACAAAGUCUCCUUGCAAAACCUGUCAAUGGUGCUUCGCCAGCUGCAGACUGGCACUGAAGAUGAACAUUCUCACCAUGUCAUGGACAGUGUCCGACAGGCUAAGCUGGCUGUUCAGAUGGAUGUCCAUGAUGGCCGCUCCUGGUAUAUCCUUGGAAAUUCAUAUCUUUCCCUUUACUUCUCUACUGGCCAAAACCCAAAGAUCUCCCAGCAAGCCCUCAGUGCCUAUGCCCAAGCAGAGAAGGUUGACAGAAAAGCUUCUAGCAAUCCUGACCUUCAUUUGAACAGGGCGACGUUGCAUAAAUACGAAGAGAGCUAUGGGGAGGCCCUGGAGGGCUUCUCUCGGGCUGCUGCCCUGGACCCUGCCUGGCCAGAGCCCCGGCAACGAGAGCAACAACUUCUGGAAUUCCUGGAUAGAUUAACCAGCCUCCUUGAGAGUAAGGGAAAGGUGAAGACCAAAAAGCUGCAGAGCAUGCUGGGAAGCUUGCGCCCAGCCCAUCUAGGCCCUUGCGGUGAUGGGCACUACCAGUCAGCCUCUGGGCAGAAAGUGACCCUGGAGCUCAAGCCACUGAGUACGCUUCAGCCUGGGGUGAACAGUGGUGCCGUCAUCCUGGGAAAGGUGGUGUUUAGCCUUACCACAGAAGAGAAAGUCCCCUUGAUGGCCUAUAGUUGCCAACUUUGAUCACUUGUCAGUGGUUGCCUGACAUACUAUGUAGAAGGAUUCCGAGGCUUUGACUGGAUUCAUCAGGAGAGUGCUUUGCUUGAUUGCAAUGUUUCCUGUGAAUUCAGGUGUGUCACGUGAUGGCAUGAGUGUGAUUCUUCUCCAUCCUGUCUAUAGAUCAUCUUGCCUUGUGAUGUCGUAUAAACCCAAGGCUUUGGCAGCCUCCUGUAUGUCACAGAUGUAUCUCCAGCCCAAGCUUCAUUUCCAAGUGUUGGAUCCCUAUAACCAACUGCCUUUGGGUUCCAAUAAGAAAUCUCUAACUCAGUAUUUCAGUAUUACUCACCUAAAUCUUUCUCUGUAAAUCUGUUUCUCCUCCCUGGAUUCCUUGUGAAUGAAUGGUAUUACCUCUCAGUCACUUGAUUAAGACUUUUGGAAGAAUAGGCUUCUCCAUUCUCCAAAAAGAUUUGCCUUUUUUGUCCUAUAGACUUGACUUCUCUGUGUUUACCACCUUAAUUCACCCCUUUAUCACUUCUCCAAAUAGAUCUCCCUAAUUGUCUGGUUUCCUCCAGUGUUCCACAGUGCUGCCAGAGAAAUGUUUCUUAGAUGUAAAUCUGACCAUUGCUACUUCUUAUUUAAGAUUCCUUGCUGGUACUAUAUGUAGCUUUUGGGAUAAAGUGUGAACUACUUAGCUUAGCAUACAAAGUCCUUCAUGAUUUGCUUCCUACUUCUCUGUCCAUUAUCUUCUGUCUCUUUCCCACCUGUGCCUUUUGUUUCAACCACGGAACAAUUUUGUUGGUUUUAGAACAGCUGUUUUCAUGCCUCUGUGUCUUGCAUACAGUUACUCUGCCUGGAUAAUCUCUAGCUUCUUCUUGACAUGGCUAACAUCCUCUUCUGCCUCUAACAUUUUGUUUCAAAAAUUUUCAAACAUACAGCUAAGUUGAAAGAAUUUUACAUUGAACAUUUGUGUUCUCAAUCACUUAUAUUCUUCCAUUAACAUUUUAUUUUACUUAGCUUAUUACGUAUCGGUCUGUUUAUCCUGCUGUCAGAGUAAAUUGCAGAGAUCAAUAUACUUUACAUACUCUAGCAUGCAGUCAUUAACUGAGUUCAGUAUUUCAAUUUUUUCUUUUUAUGUAAAAUUUACAUACAAUGAAAUGUGCAAUUUUAAGUGUACAUUUCAUAGCUUUUAACAAAUGGAAAAUAUCUGUAUAACCCAAACAGAGAUCAUUACCACCAUUCUGGGAAGUUCCCUCAUGUUCCCUCCAAGGCAAUCUCUGUUCCUGUCCCCUCAGAGGUUUUUAAAAUUUUUACUGAGGAUUAAUUUUUCUAUUUUAACCCAGCUGGUUUUUUACCCUUUAAGAUUCACUUCGAGCAUCACCUCUUCCAGGAAAUCUUUCCUGCUUUCCAAUUUUGAUUUAGAUAGUUCUCCUCUGGGCUCCCACAGUCCAAUCUGUGGCUUCACUGAAUUCAGCACAAGGGAAAAGCUAUUCUAGCACUCAUCACACUUUACUGUAAGUGAUGACUUCAUUGUUUGACUCCUGCUAGACUAUAGGUCAUUCAUAGCUGGAUUGGUAUCUUACUGCUAAACACAAUGCUUGGCACAUAUGUAAUGUGUGGUGAAAGUUUGUGGAAUUAAACUACACAGACAGUGAUGGUUAGAGGCUUUGGUUAAGAGCAUGAUAGUUGGCUGGGCGCGGUGGCUCACGCCUGUAAUCCCAGCACCUUGGCAGGCCGAGAUGGGCGGAUCAUGAGGUCA